CCCGAUUCGAUGACCAAGUCUCUUGCGACUUUGCGGAAUGCGCACCGGAAACCCCGACGGCAAUCGUCCGCCAGAAGGAUAAGCAGACAUUCCUUUGACGUUCUCGACGUCGUUUGAUCGCUUUGACGUCUAUUUUGUGGGCCUUGGACGCCCAUUGUGAAAAUCCGAACGCGGUUCCAAUUGCUGCUAAGUCGUUCCCGGAUGUUAAAUGAGCUCUCGACCGCACUACACGGGGCCCGGCUUCAUGGCAAGCCGAGGAUGGCUGAGGCUAGAACGCACCAGGGCAAUGGUCGCAUCUAGAUGCAGCACGCGAGAUUCACUCAUUAGCAGAGCUAUUGACCGUUGGGUACAGAGCAAGGUUCGGUUCGAUUCCUCACAGCGCUAUUGGUAUUGGUAUCUUCUUUGCGUGACUCAGUGCCAUGGUCGAGGUCGUCUUUGGCAGAUGUCACCAAUUAAAGUUUCCAUAGAGAGAGUAUUGACCUGUCAUUUACCAGGAGUCGAGUUGGGCAACGGACAAGAGCACGAAUGUGCGGAGCCCUCCGGCUUCGCGACGGUGCGCAGUUCCAGGCCAUUCCUGUGGUGGAGAAGACGGGGAGACGGAGAAGACAAUCGCCCCAAAGUAGAGUCUUUACACGCAUUGAUAUUCACAGGCUGUCACGCGAUAGUAGCAUCGUAUCACCUCUCUCAGUUCCUGAUGCAUCGUGGUGUACAACUGCCCCUAACAAUGGAGCUGCACGGCGAACUCACCACACUGGAGCUCGUUUCAUUCAAACAUAGAGUAGGCUGGUAGACCCCUUUGCAGCUGAAAUACACGCGGGAUAAACUACACACCCUUGCGGUGAUGCUCUCAUAAUACGUCUUUAUAGAAUUGAGGAGAAUACAGUACAUAGUUGAGCAUCCCAUCCACAUCA